AAUGAAUACAGAUUUUUUUCUUAUAGUCCUGUUAUUUCCCAUUAUAAUUUUUAAUGUUUUAUAUUUAGAUGUGCAAAAGAAGUUCUUAUCAUUUCGUGAAAUUAUAGUCCUGUUAUUUCCCAUUAUAAUUUUUAAUAUUUUAUAUUUAGAUAUGCAAAAGAAGUUCUUAUCAUUUCAUGAAAUUUACGACUUUAAAAUUGAUUAUAAGAAUACUUGAUGCUGACAAGCUCGAAAUUGACAAGCGUACAUUCUUAAUGAUAAUAAUACGAUAAUCUUGCUUAACGCCUACUUAAGGAAAUAGUUUGAUGUACAUCUUAUCGUAUCAUUUGGUGUUAACGUAAUGCGUAUCUCAAACAUGUGGUAAAAAAAACAAUACUUUCCUCCGUGAAAACCAUUCACUCGAGUUAUGUAAACCAGCACGUUUACAAUAUAUAAAACAUUUAAUUUCGAAAUUGUUAUAUUCCUCCAAAGUUGAUACUUUUAAAUGUUUCAGAAAAUAUUUUAUUUAUUAUUUAUUCCACUUCAGCAAAGAAUAAUUUAUUCAUAUAUGUAAUCAGCUAUGUCAAAAUGUGUUCCAAUUACGGAUCAAAGGUCGUCAGAAUUCUCUGUAGGCAUCGAGGAGGGAACAUUUUCGUCCGCACGCGCUACGUUAUCGCACAUAUCAACGUAGGAAAUGUGAUGUAAACCUUAACAGAACUAGUAGUCACCGUGUAGUCAGUGAAGUAAUGCGGGACGGUACCACGUUCGAUCGAACUCCCGUGUGUCAUUCAGUAAUCUUUACAAUUAGCGUAGCUUUAUUACAAUCAGUGUAGCAGAAAAAGUUUGCAGCGAAAAAGUGGAUUUUCCUCACUCACUUUCAUCUUAAAGAAAAUGAGUAAUACGAUGUCGAACACAGUCAGCAAAAAAACGCCAGGAGUCGAAUUCGUGAUCGGCGCCCUGGCGGCAGUGGGCGCCGGCUUCUUCACGAAUCCGAUGGACGUAGUAAAGGUACGACUGCAAUUGCAAGGUGAGCUGGAAGCGCGGGGCUCGUACAAGAAGAUAUAUAAGAACACCGUGCACGCCGCGUACCUUAUAGCUAAACACGAGGGUGCAUUCGCCCUGCAAGCCGGGCUCGUGCCCGCUCUCGCUUUCCAAGUAGUGCUCAACGGUAUCCGUUUAGGCGCGUACAAAUCCGCGCAGAGAUACGAGCUGAUCGUCGACAAACGAGGCAAUACCGAGGUUCUCAAGACCGCACUGGUAUCCGGCACGGCCGGUUGCGUCGGCGCCGUGCUCGGCAGUCCACUGUAUUUGGUCAAGACGCAGUUACAAGCGCAAUCCGCAAAGUCGAUCGCCGUCGGCCACCAGCACAAUCACUCGGGCUCUUGGAACGCCUACAAGUCUAUCUGGAGGGAGGGUGGCGUCGCGGCUCUGUACAGAGGGUGGAACGCCAACUUGCCGCGCGUGUUCGUCGGUUCGGCGACGCAACUGACUACUUUUGGAUUAGCGACGGACUGGUUACGCUCAUUAGAUAUACUUCCAGAUCGCCCGGUACUGUUGACCUUCUUAGCCUCCGCGAUCGGAGGCAGUUGCGUGGCCGUCACAAUGCAACCGUUCGAUGUUCUGGCGACGCGGUUGUAUAAUCAACAGACAGAUGUGGCUGGGAAGGGCACCUUGUACAAAGGACUCGGAGACGCGUUCGUCAAGAUAUUUCGCACGGAAGGUUUCACCGGCUUGUACAAGGGAACGUUUCCAACGUGGCUAAGGAUAGCACCGCACACGGUCCUGUGCUUGGUGUUUUACGAGAAACUGGAUCAAUUGUACGGCAAGCUUAGAACGCGAAUUGAUUGACACUCGUUGGACCUAUUACACAAUUGCUUUAAGUAUACGCAGGAAGCGAGAACGCAACAGAUUUUUUAGUAAAGAUAUUUUUCAAAAGCUCGGAACAUUAAUGUGCAGAUUCGUUCUCGGAACAAUUCGGCUCGAUGUCGGCAGUGCUUAUGCGAUAGAAAAUUUAGAAUUACAGAGGCAAUGUCAAUCUAACUGUUUAUAUAAAUGUAAAAAUCUUAACGUAUUCCUAAUUCUCCUUAACUGCGUACGGCGCCGUGUACAAUUCCAUGCAAUUAUUUGCAAUUAUUUGCAGAAUAGUCGCAUAUAAAAUUUGCCCGCGGGCAAUAACACUUGGACUUCGCUCAAACAAGUAAGUCUCGCGCCGAGACUUAUUUACAGACAGAAUAAUGCAUGACCGCGCGGAUGAACGAGUUACGAGCGAUGUCAGAAAUUACUCACUCACGUCACGAUUAACGAUCAUUGAUUCCGUCAAAAACCCGUAUAAAAAGUACUUAAAUUACGUAUAACAAAUGUUACAUCUACGCGGUGAGUGCAGCGUUCGGCCUUGAUUUGAAGCCUCGAGUCAUGGUUGCUGCUAUGUCCGUUGUGCUUCGGCCUAGCGUUUCAGGCAAGUAGAUCCUGUUGGCAAAGCAAAAAUACAUAAGGAGUUAUUAGUUUAUGUUAUUACGAGUAGAAAUCGUGCGUCGAGCUGCAACAAUUAUAAUUACAAAUUACAAA